AUGCGUUGUACCGAAGUUGACAAGCUUAAAGCCAUCGGCUUUAUCAGGGAGGCUAUGUACCCUGUCUGGCUUGCCAACUCAGUCAUGGUUCGAAAGGCCAAGGAAGGAUGGCGAAUGUGUCAAGACUAUACCGACCUGAAUAAGGCCUGUCCGAAGGACAACUUCCUAUUGCCGAGGAUCGACUAG